UAUGGCGGCCUAAAGCGUUUUCGUAACGCAAUUGUUAUUGGGCUGAAAGGAAGGCCCAGUAAGCUCGAGUGAGUAAAUAUACUAUAUAAAUGCCCUAAUUAAGUCAGUCAGUAAAAGUCCAGGAAAAAAAAAGUGUAGUAAGCCGUACGAUGAAGCCGGAAACAAAGAGAACAAGACGGCGGAACGACGAGGAGAAGGGUGGUGUAUCUGCGUUCAAUCUCGGGUCUCUGAAGAAAGCGAUCGAGGCCAUAGAUGUAGUCCGCAAGGAAAAUACAAUGAACCUAUCGUCGUUGUCUGUGGCGUUAUCCGCAGCGAGCCGUGAGAUGAAGCAAACGGGCAAGUGUCAUCAGCUUAAGAGAGUACUAGGAAACAGAGGGGAAGAGAAGAAGAAGAAGAAGAAGAAGAAGAAGAAGAAGAAGAUGAAGAUGAAGAAGGAGAAGGUAGCGAUCGGAACAAAGCCGAAAACGAAGGCAAAACUAGUAAGGUGGCUUUCAAACUUGGAUAAAUCGGUAAAAGUGCUAUCAUCAUCAUCAUCAUCACCAGUGCAGCCGAAGAGACUAGUAUCAUUGCAGCUGCAGCAUUGUGAAUUGAACACAGAUUUCACCAUGAAUCACUGCCUUGAAUCCUUUAGAUGAAACAUUUUACGUCCUAUCCUAUAUAGGCUUAUUAUAGCUACUUCAGGGGCGGGGCUUUAUCUUUCUUCCACUCUUGCUUUGUAUCAGUCUUACUUAUUUCAUUUGCUCAAUGAAAUGGUGGAGAUGAUGAUGCAUCAACAAUGUUUUAUUUUCUUCGACGAUCGGAACAGAGUUUAUUACUACUAUCAUGCAUCAACAGAGUUUCUCUAGGAUCGGAUCGGAACGAAACGAAGAUAUCUUUGCUUGCUUAGAUUUUGACACAAUCACCCUACGAAUAU